CGAAAAGCCGCGGCCCGCCCCCAACCCGAGGACACGCAGCGCUAACAAGAACACCGUUGCAAAGCCACAUCAGGGGUCUUUCGAAGAUCCAUCUUCAACACUUUUUUCUCUUUGCCUGGGGGGAAAACCGCUCGCACAUGAAGUCGGACGUCGCAUUGGUCGGCCAACCGUACGCACUCCCCGCCCAGAGCGAGAAGUCUUGCAUGAACGGACCUGCGCACCCCCACCCCCCCAUCGCUCAGCGCGACAGCGCGCACCUGCUCCUUGCCAAUCCCACUACGGUGUUGAAAGCACCUUCGCGGUUCCCGCUGGCCUGCAUCCCGACGCCAACCGAACCAUGCGUUCCCGGCGGCUUCCGCGGCGGGCUUUUCUCGCUCUCGCCGUACUCGCCGGCGUGUCCUUCGCCGAAGAAGCGACAAAGACGUCUACCGAAACCACUCCGGUCCACACACCAUGCGUCGCGACCUCCAUCAACGGCGCCUUCUUCGACCUGCGCCCGGACAUAGCGGUUGCUGUCGCUGAGGGGGAGAAGCCGCCAAGGGGUACACCAACCGAAGACUACGUAGCCAGGGGCUGGGACUACGGGUACAACUUUACGCUCAACAUCUGCGAGCCUGUCGUGAAGAAGGUGGAAGACGUGGUUGGCGUGGACAAAGCGCUGUGGCCGAACAUCAGCGCGUACUACGAAGCCGACGGGAAAAUUUACUCGCUAGGGCAACAAUCAGGAGAGCUUAUCCCGCGCGGCCGCAAGCUCGUUCUCCAGUACACAGGCGGUUCGCCAUGUGGCCCUUCCGAGAAGAGCGCAGACAAGCGAUCCAAGGUUCAUGGAGGGGCGAGAUCCGAGCGCUUCAAUUUUGACGACGAGGACGAGGAUUACCACCCACCAGAGGACGAUGAGGAAGAUGAUGACAAGAAAGAUAAAAAGAAAGGGGAAGGGGAAGAGAGAGGGGGUGGUAGGGAUGACGAAGAUGAUGACAGGGAGAAAGACAAUGGAAAGGGAGGAGCGAAUCAGAGACAGCUCCGCAAAUCCGCGAGCAUCUCGUUUCUUUGCGAUCACGACCCGGACACACCCACGGCCUUCUCCUUCGCCAUGGCGGAUCCGUAUGAGUGCGCGUACUUCUUCGAGGUACGUUCACAGCACGCCUGCGCGGCCGCCGAGCCCCACAAGCCGGGCAGCGUCGGUCCAGGGAGCGUCUUCGCCAUCAUCUUCUUCAUCACGGUCAUGGUAUACGUGGUGGGCGGCGUCUUCUACCAGCGCACGGUGGCGCAUGCGCGGGGUUGGAGGCAGCUGCCGAACUACAGCAUGUGGGCGGGUAUCUGGAGCUUCAUCAAGGAUUUGUUGAUCAUCCUGACAGCGUCAUGCGCCCGGCUCGUCCCGAGGCGGAGAGGUUAUCACACACUGUCGGGCUCUCCCAACGGGAGGCACCGGAACCGUGAUGACGAGAAUCGGCUGAUUGACCAGCUUGACGAAGAGUGGGAUGACUGAUGAUGCCCCGUGCGCCUCCAUGUUUGUUUCUUUUACUUGUAUGGACCUUUGCUUUCUUUCGUUCCAGCUUUUCUCUCUAUACAAGUUUUCUCGGGCUUGCCAGGGGCCUGCUCUGUUUCUUUUGGGAUUGGGUGGAGAAUACCGGUAUAACCCGAGGUUUUGUGUGGUGUGCAUUGUUCUUUCCUUUUCGACUACCUUUGACUACGGAAAUCCGUCGAAAGGAAAGUCGAGGGCGUCGAUGGCGGGCGACUGGUCGGGGUCAUAGAGCUUAGUCUUGGCUAGAACUAUCCAUCCAUCUUUUUCCCCA